AUGAGGGAUUUGCCGUUAAAAUGCACGUAUUCAUGUCCAAAGACAACAGGAUUUAUCUUUACAAUUUUACUCACCGUGUGCGUCAAAUAUUCGGAAAACACACAAAAGGACGUCAGCAUCAAUGCGAUAAUUGGUUUGAGUGUGGAAUGUGGGGAAAAGAACUGGGAAAUUUCGGUUGAGAGAAAGUUUUUCGGCCGAAGUGUGCCCUUCUCUCCCAUUUUCCUCCGACUGGGUGAGGACUUAAUCGAGUUUGGGCACCAACCCCCCAGCCCAUGUGCACCUCAGGUGGACCUGCUGACUCCCAACCGAAUGCUUCUGACUGCUGGUUUGCAAGACUGCGGUACAGACUCUGAGGUGGAGGGUGACUGGCUUGUGUACACUAAUAAACUGGUGUUGACCCCUCUACCAUUUAAAACCCGCAGUGGCAUCCUCAUCCAGAAGGGGGAGCCAAAGGUAGUGCCCAUUGAAUGCCGUUUCAAGAGGAAGGUGUUGGUGAGUGGGGAGCCCCAGUCCCCCACAUGGCUACCCAUGACAUCCACCAUGUUGGCAGCCGGCCUCCUCAGCUUCUCAAUAAGAGUCAUGACGGAGAACUGGGAGUCUGUGAGCAGUUCUACUCUGCUCCUGCAGGGGGCGCCCCUGUACCUGGAGGCGAUGGUCUCCGCCCCCCUGCACCCUCCCCUGCGCCUCUAUGUGGAUUACUGUGCAGCCACGCUCACUCCCGAUCCUGGACCCGGACCCGGAUCCCUCUCCCAACCAGCACUCCCGCUCAUCAUUAACCAAGGGUGUCUGGUGGACAGCCCGAUGUCAUCUUCUUCCUCUUCCUCCUCCUCUUCCUCCUUCUCCUCCUCCUUCCCCCAGUUUGCUGCCCGAUCUGCCCUGAACAUUCUGCGCUUCAGCGUCCCAGCAUUCUACUUCAGACAGGACACCAAGAGCCAAAUUGUCUUCCUCCGUUGUACCCUGAGGGCUGUGCCAGUGUGGACGCCUCCAGACCCGCUCAACAAGGCAUGCUUCCUGCACCGGCCUACCGACAGGUGGCUGUCGGUGGACGGAGUUGACGUCGUGUGUUCAUGCUGCGCUAGUGGAGACUGCCGCGAACCGGCAGGGAACACCAGCGACGCCACAGCCACCACAACACUGCAUCACGUAGGCGACCUGUAG